AUGCGCACUCCAGAACGCCGCCGGUCCUCCUCCCAAGGCGACGCCACGCCCCGCGCACCUGCCCAUACCCUCUCCCACUCACCCGCCUCCGGAGAGAGUCCGCAGACACAAGGUGACCAUCCCACCAAGCGGCUCGGCUUCUUCGGAGACAUCCUGCUCUCCUCUGCCGGCUCCAUCUCCAUAUCUUCCAGCGCCCAGCGCUCGUCGCCCAUACCCCACUCCUUCCUCCCUGCCCGCACGCACUCGCGCGGAGAGUCUGCUCUAGCCCGCGACAACGCGUCCUCGCCUACCCCGAACAUGGCGGCAUCAGCGGGGCAGCCAGCGAAAGGGCAUACGUCACCUUCGAAGGCGUCGACCACGCGGACUUAUGACUCUAAGCUCGUCUCGCGCGAGAUGCAUCGCCUCGGCACGCUCGCUCAUCUCCCUUCUCUCGCUCUCGCCCCAUCUCUCUCCGCGACACCCUCGAACAUCGCCCUCGCCUCGCAUAUGGCGCCCCCGUCUGGAGCUGGACCCUCCGCGGCUGCUGCACUAGCGGCGGAGAGCCCAUGGGCAUCACUACAUGUUCUCAUUCUCCCGCUAUUCAACGAGGAACCCUUACGCGUUCCAAUAGAGGAUCUCAACCAGCUCGUGAGGCGCCAUAUCUCGACGGUAGUCUCCGCCGCGCCCGGCAAGGCUGUCGCGACGCUCGAACACGACACGCGCGACCUCAUCUCGGCGGGGAUGGUCACGCUCAACUCGAAGCUGGCAGGUGUCAGCGACGAAAACCUCGUCCCACGCGUCGUGGAGCUUUGGUCGUCAUUCUGGACGCAGGUCCUCCCCUACCUGGAAGGCGCUCUUCUCCCCCUGCAGACCGACCCGAUCCUGUCCUCGCUGUACCGCCUUCCGAAGGCACAGCGCCCGUCAUCGCCGACGUCUGCGCAGAACGGCAAAGGCAUCGGCGGGAACGUCCUCCUUCCCUCCUCCGCGAGCACACAGCUCGGCGUGCGCGCGCUCGCGCUCGUCUCCUUCCGCGACCGCAUCGUCCUGCCGCUUUUCCCUCGUCUUAACGCGCGCCUCACGCUCUUCAAGGACGAACAUCCCUCGAGCGCAGAGCCCCACCAGCCGCGGCUGCAGCAGAUGCUGCUCGUGCUUGUCUCCCAGCGCUCCCAGCGUCUCGUCUCCCUCUCGCUCACCGCGCCCCCUCCGCAGCCCACCGCCGGCGAAGCAGCCAUCACGCGCCUUCUGCGCGCUAUGCACGCGCCCCUCGCCACGCUUGCGCGCGGCGGCCAGGCGCGCCCCACCACCGGCGCGCCCUCCUUCCUCUCCGCCGGGCUCCCGCGCGACCGUCGUGGGCGCAUCGGCGCGCGUGGGUCGACCGCCACCAACGCCACUGCCACUGGCGCAGAGCUCGAUGCGCGCGGGCGCUGGCGGCUACGCGAGGACGUGGAGGAGGGCGAGGACGAGGGUACGUGGGGUGCGGGGACGGUAUACGCGGAUACGCCGCGUGGGGGCGUGUCGUUUGCCGAUCCAGAACGAGAGCGCGACAAGGAACUGUUGGAGAGCUUGAGGAGUCCGGACCCGGAGGGCGGCGCAGGCGCGGGGCGGGCGGGGAUGGGCGGGUGGGGGCUUGGUGGGGAGGAAGACGAGUAUGAGUACGAGUAUGAGGACGACGAUGAGUUCGUGGAGGAGCCGGAGGAGAACCUGGAUUGGGACGCGGCGCAGAGCAUCGUGGAGCGGAUGGUUGGGAUCAAGAACGACUCGCUGCCGCCUACGCCGUCUGCACACCAGCAACAACAGCCUCCGCCGCCUCCGCCGCAUCAGCAGCAGCCACAGCAAGAUCCUCGACGGCGGAUGAUAUGAGGGUCCGUCGACGGGUGAUAUAGCAGUUUCAAUUCUGGAUCUCGUGGUUGUUUUGUAUUGAUAUAGUUUGGGUCGCAGCAUGUCAUCGCGACGACGUGCAAGUUACUCAGCG